GCCACUUCUUCCACCUCCAUCCACCUCCCGCCAUCCGUCGCACGUUCUUCGAAGGUGCCACGAUGGUUCUUACCCGCGCGCAGAGGAACGCGCAGUCGGCAGCGGUUGCUGAGCCAGCACCGCCAGCGCCACCUGCAGCUGCCAAACCAGCCCGCAAACCCGCCGCCAAGCCGGUUCCCAAGGCUGCUCCGAAGCCUGCUCCGAAGCCUGCUCCCAAGGUUGCUCCGGUCCCGAAGCCUGCACCGAAGUCCACGUCGAGGGCAGCAAAGACUCCCAUCGAGGCCCCGAAGCCUGCGAAGAAGGCUGCAAAGCCUCCCACCAAGACCGCGAAAACGGCAGAAAAGGUCCCGAAAAUCCCGAAAACGACGGCAAAAGCCAUCUCAAAGGCCCCGUCGAAGGCCCUCUCCAAGGCUCCCAUCAAGGCCUCAACAACCACCAAGAAGACCCCAAAGGUGGCUGUCAUCACACCCGGCGUCCAGGCAACAAUCCGAGUAACUCGGGCGAGAGCGGCCACUAUCUCCAAGCUUCCCGUCAAAACAAGUCCCCAAAAGCUGCCUGCUGCCGUGAACACUUCUUCCCCAAGCCCAAUGAAGGUUGGAACCAUAACCUCUAUUCUGCAGGCUUCCCCGAUUAGAUUCGCCACCUCAUUCCUACCAUCUGAGGUGGCUCAGACGGCCAACCCCGCCGUCAAUGAGCACGAGGUACAGGCCUCCAAAUCCACCCUUCUCUCGGCUUCUCCGCGAAAGGCCCCCAUAUCGUCCCCGUGGAAGAUUGCUCCACUCCCUCCUUUCAAACUGCACUCUAUCCCGACUCAGAUUUCCACUGCAGUUAGCCCGUCGAAGCCCUCCAACCUCGCCGAACCCUUGCUCAAAGCCUCUGCCUUACGCUCUCCAGUGAAGAUUGCUUCCCCCAAGAAGAGCGUCACUUGGAACCAAGCCACUCCAGAGGCGAAGUCUCCGGAACCCCAGCCUGCCACAGCUGGACCCCUCGAUGGCGUUGUAAUCUACCUCGACAUUAUCCAUCACGGCGAAGAUGCCUCGGCCUUGUUCGCAGAACUUGUCGAGCCGCUUGGAGCAUCACUUGUCUCCCACUGGACGACUGAUAUCACGCACGUCGUCUUCGGUCAAGGCAGUCAAACCACGCUGGAGAAGGUCGUCGCGGCUCAUGGAGCCGUGAAAUGUGUGAGCGUUGGAUGGCUCAUCGAUUGCGACAAGCACAAGACCUGGCUUGACGAGUCUCACUACCCCACCGAUUUGUCUCACAUUCCUGGGAGCCAGACCUAUCAGUCGCCAUUCCCAUUCCAGCAGAGCAACACCCCGCUCGCUGCUCGCGUGCCUGGAAGCGCUCCAUUGCAGACUCCUUCAAAGACCACUGCUGGAGCUGCUCCACUGGACGACACUCUCGACGACUUUAGCAACAGUCCGAUCAGCGACACGCACUGGAGCUUCCCGACGCCUAACAUGCAAACUCCUGUCUUCAUUCGCAGACUCAACGACGAAGACAAGGAGAACAAGGCCCCAAAGUCCGUUACCGACUCGCCGGAGACUCCGGAGAAACUCGUGCAGAAGUCGGCCCCUCCCAAGCAGACAAACAGGACUCUGCUUGACGUUGGCACCCCGGCCCAUAGCGCAUUCAAGAGACGCCUGAUGGCAGGCAAGAGACGCAGCGAGGAGUUUGCCCCACACAUUGGCAGCCCUCUGAAGAAGAUGAGAAGGUUCUAGGCGGAUGUUCGAGUAUUGUUGGUUUUUCAAGCGUGGAGUUGGACGGAUCGGCAUGAUACCCGGAGGCUUAUGAUGGUUUUUCCGGCGAAAAGGUGGUUACUUUUGUUUCUUUUUCUUUUUCUUUUUCUUUUUCUUUCUGGGUAUAGGCAGCUGGGCCCCGUAAUGGAGGGCCAGGCUUUGGGUACUUGUUUUCGCGGUUUGGGGGUUUAUUAUAGCUGGGCCCCGUAAUGGAGGGCCAGGCUCUGGGUACUUGUUUUGCUUUUGGCGGUUUAUAGCACUGAGCCACAGAGAGCCAGGCUUUAGGUAGAUUAAUGAGUUGAUGAUUACGAG